GCCCCAGUGUGCUUUGCGCCCCCACGUACGGAGUGCAGCCUUUGCGCCUGCGCAGCCGGUUGCCUGCGUCCAAAAAGCUGUAGUCCCAGCCUGCAGAGACCACAGCCAACCGGACGGCGGCUGCGUACGCUACAACCACCGCCACUGCCAUCGUGCAGGAAGAUCAGGGGAAGGAUGUGGGUUUUUGGUUACGGAUCCCUCAUCUGGAAGGUGGACUUCCCCUAUCAGGACAAGCUGGUUGGAUAUAUCUCAGGCUACAGCAGACGCUUCUGGCAGGGCAGCACCGACCAUCGCGGCGUUCCUGGCAAGCCUGGAAGAGUUGUGACUCUUGUUGAAGAUCCUCGGGGUUGUGUAUGGGGUGUUGCUUACAAACUGCCAACAGGAAAGGAAGAAGAAGUAAAAGCAUACCUUGAUUUCAGAGAGAAAGGAGGGUACAGGACCACAACAGUUGAUUUUUAUCCCAAAGAUUCCACAACAAAACCAUUCGCUGUGUUGCUAUAUAUUGGAACAUGUGAUAACCCUAAUUAUCUUGGUCCCGCACCUCUGGAAGAAAUCGCUGAACAAAUUUUUAAUGCAGUUGGUCCAAGUGGAAGAAAUAUAGAAUAUCUUUUUGAACUUGCAAACUCUAUUAGAAAACUUGUACCAGAAGAUGCAGAUGAGCAUCUUUUCUCUUUGGAAAAAUUAGUAAAGGAACGUUUAGAAGAAAAACAGAACCUCAACUGCUUAAAAAGACCUAAUCAUUGACUUUUCCAAACAAGCAGAGCUUUUAGUCUUCAGAAAACAGCUUAACAGUACAAUGGCAAUAUAAUUUGUAAAUGUGUUUAUUUGAAGAUCUUAUUUGUGUUUAAUGUUGUAGUCAAAUUAUCUUCAAAAUUUAUAGUUUAACUGCAAGUGGCUUGAAGCACAUAUUCAAAAUAUUGGGGUAUAGUUAAAGAAAAAAUUCAAGUUUCAAUAAUAUAAUGAUUCUCCAAUUAUAUGAAAUUUAAUACUUGCUCAUGAGAAGUGAGUUCUUCGUUAAUAUAAUGAGAGUUAUUUUGGAACCUGUUUUUAUCUGAAUAAAUGUAAUUCUGUUGUUUUA